AUGGCCUUGAGGAACCCCGGCAUGAGGGAGAGGCAUUGGGAGGCUGUAGGGCAGUUGUUGGCCCGGGAGGACGAGGAACCGGUUAAGGUUGGUCCGAGCUAUGCUGAUGAUAAUAUGGAUGGGAGCACGAACUUCAAUCUGGAGGCACUACUGGGCAUGGGCAUCCUCAAAGUGACGGAUAAGGUAGCGGAGGUUGGCGAGAGAAGUGCUAAGGAGUUCAGUAUUGAGAAACAGCUGAGAGGCAUGCAGGAGGCUUGGCAAACGGUCGAGUUCGACUGUAGAGAGACUUAUCGUAAUACUGGUACUUACAUAUUGAAGGGCUCUGAGGAAGCGUCGAUGCUACUGGAUGAGCAUAUAGUGCUCACUCAAGCAAUGCAGUUCUCCAUAUUCAACAAGCCCUUCAAGGAGGAGAUCGAUGCCUGGGCUACUAAACUACUCUAUGUGUCGGAGUGCUUGGAAGCGUGGUUGAAGGUCCAACGUGCAUGGAUGUACCUCCAACCCAUCUUUGAUUCGCCCGAUCUGAUGGUGCAGCUGCCUAGCGAGGGUAAGAAGUUCAAGUCGGUGGACCACGUGUGGCGACAAGUGAUGGGUCGGGUGGCGAAGGACUGCAAGGUUAUCAAUGCUUGCUCACAAGAGGGGCUCCUUGAGAAGUGGACCCAAGCUAUCGAGGACUUGGAGUGGGUUCAGAAGGGCCUUGAAGACUAUCUUGAAGUCAAGAGAGCGGCUUUUGCGAGAUUCUAUUUCUUGUCAAAUGACGAGCUGUUGGAAAUCCUCUCUCAAACUAAGGAUCCUACUAGGGUCCAGCCUUUCCUCUGUAAAGUAUUCGAGAACAUGGCCAGUCUGGCAUUCAAUGACGACCUCACUGUAUCUAGUAUGAGCAGUCUAGAGGGGGAGAACGUAACGUUCGUAGAGUUACUCUCGACGGCUGGUUGCAACGUUGAACACUGGAUGACGGAGGUCGAGAAAGCCAUGAGAGAGGCAGUGAGAGCAGCGCUGUAUAACGCUGUGUUGACGUAUGUAGACGUGCCUCGCACAGAGUGGUGUGUGAGCCAUCCAGCACAGACCGUCCUCAAUGCCAGCCAGAUACACUGGACGUCGGAAGUAGAGGUCCAUAUAAAGGAGGGGACUGUUGGUCUAUAUGCUGAGCAGCUCCAUCAGCAGCUGAUGGAUCUGGUGGCCCUCAUUCGGGGCGGUCUGACCAAACUACAGCGGACAACAGUUGGGGCCUUGGUGGUUAUAGACGUCCAUGCUAAGGAUGUCGUGGAGAAGCUUAAUGAGGAGGCUAUCACUUCUACCUCGGCAUUUGAGUGGAUCUCACAGUUGAGAUACUAUUGGAAUAAAGAUGAUACUGGUAGAGAGAACUGUUGGGUUAUGAUGGUCCAGACGGACUUCCCCUAUGGGUACGAGUAUCUUGGCAACACCUUCCGACUUGUAAUAACCCCACUCACUGACAUGUGCUAUAUGACUCUAAUGGGAGCCCAAAGCCUCAAUCUAGGAGGGGCGCCUGCUGGCCCUGCUGGUACGGGAAAGACCGAGACCACCAAGGAUCUUGCUAAGGCCCUGGCCAAGCAGUGUGUUGUAUUCAACUGCUCUCCUGAGAUGGACUACAUUAUGGUUGGCAAGUUCUUCAAGGGUCUUGCCUGUUCUGGAGCAUGGUGUUGUUUCGAUGAGUUCAAUCGUAUCUACAUAGAAGUGCUCUCCGUGAUAGCCCAGCAGCUGUUGGUCCUAUUUG